GUGGCCUUUUUCGUGACGUCAUAUGCACUUUCAAAGAUGGCGGUCGCCGUGUCAAUGUUUCGAUGGCUGGAUUUGUUAGAGAAAGAAUUUGACAAGACUUUCGUUGAUCUGGACAUUUUGUUAGGGGAAAUUGACCCAGACCAAAGCGAAAUAACUUACGAUGGACGUCAAAAAAUGACGCAGCUUUCGUCUAGCUUCGCACAACUCGUUCACAAGGCGCAGACAAUAUUUCAAGGAAACGCAAAGUUAGAGGUAGGAACCAAAGGUUGUUUAUUUUUUAACAAGCUUUUUUUUGUUUUGUGUUGUCUUUUCUUUUGAAGCCAUCCAGGUGAUUCUUCUCCUAGAUUUAAUAUAUUGUUUUAAGAAAAGGGACGCUGUCUGUAUGUACAAGGAGUCAGCAGCUUUCUGACUGUUUUUAUUUGAAUAUUAAAAAAAGGUAUUAGUGAAGCUUAUUAAACACGGGAUUUCUUUUUUAACCAUGCCAUUGUGAUAAGCCCAACUUAUAUAUUUCGCAAGACCAGAGAUUACUUUUACAGUGUGGAUAAAAAUCAGCGUUGAAUGCCAGCUUGGUCGUUUCUUUUUAAUAAUUUUGUGAUAUUCACCAACCCAUGGCUAAUAAUUAAAUUCUGUCAUCUUUUUCGCACGGCACUUGAGUAAUUACUGGUGUAGAAUUAUAUAUUCCUGCUAGAUAGAAAAGACUUAUACGAAAUGCAGAAUGUACUAGGAGAAAUAGUGAAAAUGGAGUUGUUGUAGGAAGUCUGUGUACAGGCAUAUAUGUACUAGCUAAACUGUAUUGUUAUCAUUGAUGAAAUUUUCAAAGUUCUGCCAUUUUGGCCUUUGGAGUUUGCUUAAGUAUUUAAAAUCAUGUUGGGGGAGCACAUUGUUCGUGAGAAAGUGGAUAUUGUUGUGCUGCAGCUGUAAAUUAUAAAUUUCAUUGAUUUCUGUUUUGGUUUAGUUACAGUAUUGAAUAAGUAUUAGAUCUUGUUAACACAUUCUUUCAAGGGUUGUAUAUCCCUUGGAUACAAACAAAUGAAAUACUUGGCAAGUUUGUAUUUCUCUUGUACAGUAUUAUUAGGCCUUAGGUCUGAUUUUUAUACUGCCAUGCAAAGUGGUACCAAAGGCCCGAAGCUCUCACCUAUGAAUUCUAGGGUGACCAGUUUAUAUAAGCUCAUGUAAAAAACAUUUCCUGAGCACCCAAGGGUGUAAGUGCUUGUGAGUUUCUAGAUUAAGUUGCUAGCAGCUACCAUUCCAGACUCUGUUAGAGUACUGUGUGUGAAUUCUAGGAGCAGCGGAAAAUGCAAUGAACACCAUCUUGAAAUGAACAAAGUCUUGUGCAUCAGUCAAUUCCAGGUGUACCCAUGGCCCUCCCCCCUUCCUGGCAACUGCAGGGCAUUUGCCCGCCUUGUCUGUCCCGGGAGUGGGGCAUUAGCAAAUUUUGCACAGUCUGGGGGUUGGGUAUUUGCUAACCCUGGGGCCAACCCCAAGCUUUUGGCUUGUACUUGCAUCCCUAUCCAAACAUACAUGGACGAUUUUACUAAAAACACAAUCACAUUCAAAGAUUGGCUCAUCUGUCAUGGACAGGAAAAACUCAUAGAGGUUUUUUAAGGCAUGUUGUCUUGAUUUUAUGCCUGCAUUUCUUCAUUGCUUAUAAAGCCAGAAGACAGGAGCUAUCGAUGUGAAUCAACACAAAAACCAUAAAAAUCAUUGUUUCUUCAUGGAAUGACAUUUCUGUUGACCUAGGAAUUGAAUCAGUUUACACUGAAACACACCACUCAACUAUGUGGUCAAUGAAAAUUGCUGCAGUGUUAAUUGAGGACGGGGCAUUUUCCUUUUUUUUUUCAUCCUCGCUGGGUAUUUGCCAUCCAAGGCCAAAACGAAAAUGCUGAUGCCUGGGUGUUAGCCCAGGGUAGGGGAAGGGAUGGGGUUGUUUGCAUUGUUCCACUUGGAAUUGACUGAUGCAUUAUACAGUCUCUCAUCAUGAUCUAACGACCAUUGCAAACACCUGCUUGGGAAUAUGUGGUCUUUAGUGGGGAAGAAAAUCCAAGUUGGGGAUACUUAAACUAGAGGAUUUAAUAUAUUUAGACAGUGCUCUUUUUAUGCAUGAUUAAGAAGCCGUAGGAUUUCAAGGUAGCAAUAGUUUCCACUACCAUGUCAUUACUGUGAUCUUAAAACAACAAAACUGAAAAAUAGUUUCCCAGUGACAUGUCCUGAUAUAUUCAGACUGAGGGAACAAAAUACACAAAUAUAAUAUUUUUCCACUCGGAGUCUUAACUAGUACAACAAUUCUUUAUGACUCAGCUUGUGUAUAAACAAAAUUUUAAAAAAAUGCUACUGUUUUUCUAUUGUCCACCAUCUUGAAUCGUUCCCAAAGUGCAUUGUAUGUUACUGAUGACUCACACAUUAAAGAUGUUUUACAGUUAGCAGCAACGAUUGUUAUGGCUUCCAGUGCCAAGACAAAAGUAUAUGACUCCAAAAGUUUAAAAACAAUUUGAAUGAAGUCUUUGAGUGACAAUUUCACUGUUGAAACUGAUGAUGAGGCCCGAAUCUCUUUACGAAAAGACAAGAUCUGUAAUGAACAUUUCAAGUGACUAUACUUCCUUCUUUAGUUGAAUUGAAGAGGAGUCUUGACACUGAAGUGCUCAAAAAAAGUGUUAAAACACUUUCUUGACCUUCUUCUGACAUUUUAAUAGACAUUGAAGUUUUUUCGAAUAAUUAGUACACACUGAUGUUCUUUGAUUAACAACAUUUAACAACAUGUUUCCAGAAAACAGAUACUGUUACUGUACUUGAAAAGAAAUAAAAGGGGGUUCCCUUGAAUUUUCAUGGGACCAAAAAUUUGCUACCGAUAGUUUCCCAUGAUCUUUCAGUGUGGAACCGAAAAAUUGUUAUCCUUGGGAUUUGAAAUCCUAGGGCUUGAUUACUAUUCAAAUACACUUCCAAGUACUUUCAAUAAUUUCUUUAAAAGCAUUAAUAAGGUACAUCAAUAUGCAACCAGACUGGCCUCUAAGAAGUCUCAUUAUUUACCGAAAGCUAGGACGAAUUAUGGAAAAUUUAUAUACAUUUCAAUGGGGUAAACUCUGAAAUGCUAUGAAAGAAGAUCUACAUGCAAAAUCAGCGAGUCGUUUUUAAAAGCUUUUAAAAGAAUCUGUCCUCUCCAAAUAUUGAUCGGUGUACUUUAUAUGCCGCUAAUUGUGUGCAAAGCCGUUGUUUUGGCUUGCCUCUUUGUUUAUUCGUUUGUGUAUUUGUUUAUUUAUUACAGCUUAUAUAUUUUUUCUUUGUGUGUUUUUGUGUGCAUUUGUUUAUUUAUAACUACUUUGAUACUGCCCAGCCACUCAGCGCGAUUAGCUUUUGCUAUUUCUGAGUGGCUGUGCUCUCUUUUUUUCACAAUUAUUUCCUCUUAAUGUCUUUACACUUUUUGUAUCAAGAGCACAAUAACGAUUGUUGUUGUUGUUGUAGUAGAUGAAACUAUGUUCUUGAGCAAUGAUUUUCAGUAGUUGCAGUUCUGUAUUGAUCUCAGGUUUUGCUAUAUUUAUUUACUUUUAUUUUUUAUUUUAUUUUUACUCCGUCCUAUAAUACAUUAGUUGUACAAUAAUACAAUAGUAAUUUGUACAAUAUCAAUAAUACAUUAGUUGUACAAUAUCAAUCGGUACAAAGUUGAUUAAACUACGUGUACAUAAUAAUAAAAAAAAGAAGAAAACUAGAAUGGAGAAGGGCACAUUAUAGUAAAACUUAUCAUGGCCCUUUAACAAGAUUGACUUUAUUCUUUUGUAGUUUUGUUAUUUAUUAAAACACAAACAAGCACGCACGCACACACACACGCACACAAGCCAAUAUUGAGCAAGAUAAUAUUUUUAAGUGCCUUUUUGAACAGGAUUUUCGAUGUUUUAUUGUGCUAUAUUACUUUGUACAUGUACACUGUAAAUUGUAUGAAUAAUAAUGAUUAAAUCAAUUAGAAGAAAUUCCUUGUAUUUAUCAUUUUCACUCUUAUUUCUUUUGAAGGCUGAAUUGGUUGCCCUUAGGCAUGACCUGGUGGAAGAAAGAGCUGCUAAACAAGUGUUGGAGAAGGAAGUUAACAAUCUGCUACUUCAGCUGCAUGCUGUUCAGCUCCAGCUACAUUCUAAUGCUGGGAUGCCUUUAGACUCAGAAAAUAUAAAGAACAAGCUAGUAAGUAGAACGUUGGCAUCUUUGAACGUUGGCAUCUUUGAUUUGCAGUUGUCUGUACAAUGAGCUGAGCUUAAGGGGUAAUUUUAUUUUGAACCUCUACACACAACGGACAUCUUUGGAACAGUAUGUGGUACACCUGUAGCUGUUGUAUGGAGGUGGCCUUAGUAUAGAGGUAGGGACUACAGCGGAAGUGUGAUUAGUGGAUAGAGGAAAAAAAGAUUUUAAACUUUGAUGGCUACUGUGUGAAUCUGUAUGGCAAUUGACUUAGGGCCUUUCUACACAAGCAGACAAAUUUUGGAAUUGUCUUUGAAACAUCUACAUUUGUGCAUGUAUUCAUGUAUACUGUAUACAUGUAUACAUUUGUACAUGUAUUCAUUUUAUUCUUAACAGACUGUCACAUCUGUCGUUACUUAAUGGGAAAAAAUAAUGGUUUUCUUUGUGUUUUCUUUAUGAAUUAUUAAUGAGUUUGAAAAGCUAGUUUACAGGUCUGUAAUUGUUUUCCAGUGGCCUUAAAUCCUUGAUCAGUGAAAGUUUUUUUGCUCUGGAGAUCCUUGAAAACCUCAAACCCCAAAUCCUCAGCUCUCUUGAUUUCUUUUUCAUCUAAUUGAGAGUUAGUGACAGCUCUGAGAACCAAUAGAGAGCUGAAGCAGCAAUGACAGCAACAGCAACGGCAACAAGAAUUUAUGGCAAAAAAGCAUUAGGUUCAAAUAAGCAAAACAACAACUUUAUGCGUGCAUCACGUUUCUUGUACAUUUCUUUGCUAUCACUUCACUGUGAAACUACCUAUAUUGAAUUGCAUGUUUUAUGGAGGAUGUGAAUGCGAGACAAUGACUCUCUUUUCCCUUUCAUGAACUUGGAAACAGUCUUUUAGUAUACAACGCUAGAAGCAUUUGCCAACAUUUGAUGAAUUGAGCAAGAUGGGAUUAAGUGUGAUAAAGUUUGAAGCAGUGUCUAUUCACUUUUUAAGUGACAUUUUUGUAGCUGUUGCUGUAGUUGUUACUUAAGCUCCCCAAUGACUCACUUUACUCCACCAGUAGUGUCAGUGUUGAAUACAAGAACAAUACAUCUGUUCUUUACUUGUUUUUAGGAAAAUGAGAUGAUGAGAUAUAAGACUGAUGCCAUGAAAGAAGCUCGUAUGGAAUGUCAAAUUAAACAAAUAGAGAAAGAAAAUGUAGGGUUGAGGAACCACAUCUUUUCACUUCAGGGUGAAGUGUAUGGAGCAAGACUCGCUGCAAAGUAUCUUGAUAAAGAAUUAGCUGGAAGGUAAUGUAUGUAUAGUAAAGGCAUGCAUAAACUAAGUGAGUUGUGAUUAUCAUAAUACUUAUUGUGAUAGUACUUUUUUCAUAAGAGUUAAACUACUGUAUACAGCUACCAAUUCAUAUAUAAUUUACAUGUAAAGUGUAAAUUUGAUAUAUGAUACAUAAGGCUGAGAUUUUACUUAUUAAAAUAAGUCAUGUAUUUGCAUUUUUUGAUACACUGUAUAGAUUAAAGUUAGAUGAAGAUAAAUAUUUAAUAACAGUUAUUAUUAUUCAUUCAAAAUAUUUCUCCGAUUCUGAUUGGCUAAAAUCACAUGUUUAAUUCACCAUAACCAGUUACUAAUGACCAAAUUUGAAAGAAUUUUGUGUUUAACAAGGAAAUGAUGUCAAAAAUGCAGCGUUUUCGCAGGUUAAGGCACGGCUAACUGAGAAGACCUGGGGACGAGGUUGUGUUAUUUUUGGCAGACGAACAUCACUCCUCAAAAUUUUGAGGGCAACUGGUAGUUGUGUGUUAUGACUGUGUUACUUUUGGAACCAAUGAGGUCAACUUAUUAUUAAAAAAAGAAUAUAGUAUCAUGGGUGACAUAUAACUUCUUAAUCUUGGUGCGAAAUCUCAGUGUUUAUUUGAUACAAUUUGUACAUGCAAAAAACGCAUGAUUGUGAGCAUAAUUGUCACCUAUGAUAUUAAUAUCUAAUUAUAAUACUUGUGAAAUUAGGGAAUAAUUUCACAUGCAUUUUGUCGUAAUCCUGGACAAAAUGCACUUGAAAUUAUUUCCUAAUUUUACUUUCACUCUUCACCAUUUGGUUAUGCAUAUUUAACAGUUAAUGAAUGAGGCUGAGUAUCUUAUGAAGAAUUAUGGAGAUCGAGGAGGGUGUUGUCUGUCGAGGCCGUAGGCCGAGGUGGAUAACACCCUCCGAGAUCUCCAUAAUUCUUCAUAUGAUACGACAGCCGAAUUAAAUAAUUGUUUUAUUAUUCAUUCAAAAUGAUUCCCAGUUUAAAAACAUAGCUAAAACAUGCUUUCCUCCAUCGAUCCAUCAAUGUUCAGUUCACAUCUUCGAUAGUGUACGUUUAGGUUUGUCCAGCUCUGCAAAUAUUCUCCAAAUAGCAGAUGUCGAGUUGUCUUCUUGCUGUUCUUCCCAUGUUUUUAGCUAUUUUUUCGCCUAGUUCUUACUCUUGAAACGAGUGAAAUGUCCGCCAUUUUUUCAAGUUCACAACCAAAACAACUCAACCUCGUCCCCAGGUCUUCUCGGUUAAUGGUGCCUUAACCUGGGAAAACGCUGCAUUUUUGACGUCAUUUCCUUGUUAAAGUCAAAAUUCUUCCAAAUUUGGUCAUCAGUAGCUGGUUAUAGUGAAUUAAAUGUGUGCUUUUAGCCAAUCAGAAUCAGGGAAAUAUUUUGAAUGAAUAAUAAUAUUGUUUAAUAGUAAGGAGUCUACACAGACGAUAUUACAUGUAUGUGGCUGCUCAGAGAUACAAAAUUUUUCUUUGAGUGUUGGAAAAUAUAUCAGCAGGAAGCAGCGUGCAAAGAAAGUCAUGUCCGAUAGCCGGGGCUAGUGGAUUUUGCUAUCGGGCUGGUGAAUUCUGUUUCUAACUUGCCCAACGGGCAAGUGAUGUCUUUUGAGGAAUUCAAAUAACAGAAGAACUGUGAAAUCAAUUCUGUGAGUCAAAAUUAAAAAGUUUUUGGAGCUAGUUGAAAUGACGUCUGGACUAGUAUAUGCUAGCUUCAGCUUGCUUGAAUGGCAAGUUGUAAAAUGAUUUUCUUUGCACCCUGAGGAAGAGAAAUUUAAUAUUUACCAUGUAAUGCUAUAUAAAUUUAUUAUCUCAAUUACAAAUGAAAUACCAAACCAUUUCAGUUCAAUGUAUAUAUUUUUUUGCUGCAAAAGGUGCAAUUUAUCUUUGAGCCACAGCAACAGAGGUCUUUUCACAUGUGAAGAUAACAUGUUAUUUUCGUGUUCAAAGAUAUCAAACUUUUUGCACCAAAGCCCCCCUGGUAUUUAUUGGUGCUUUUAAUAACUAUAAAUAAUAAUUAUGCACUGUUAUUUUUCAGAAUACAACAAAUUCAGCUGCUUGGCCGUGACAUGAGGGGCAGUGAACAUGACCAACUGUGGAAUCAAAUUGAGGCUGAAAUUCAUCUGCACAGACACAAAACUGUCAUCAGAGCAUGUAGAGGGAGGAAAGAUCCUAACAAUAAGACACCAGCCCCGCCACCACCUAAACCUGAAGAAUUAGAAAGUGAAGAGGAUGCUGAAAGUAAAGCAAGAAAAAGAAGAGGCAUCGGUGAACCAAGGACAGUGGUGAUUCAUAAAGAAAAAACAGAGGGACUAGGAAUAUCAAUAACGGUGAGUAUCAUCACUUGGGUAUAAUGUUUUUUUUUUGUCAGUUGUGUUGUCUACCCCUUGUCUUAAAUGGAGAACCAAAGAUUUUGUCUGAAACGCUGGGUCAGGGUUUGAUGGCUUGAGCUUCAUCACCUUACCCAAGCUUUCAUGAAGUGCCACCCCCUCCCCUCUCUUUCUUAAUUGUGUCAAUAAUGAAAUUCUUGAGAGUGAUUUUUUCUCAACAGUCCUUAUUUAUUGCUAACUUUAGCUUAUGUAUACAAUGUACACUGUAUGAUAGUUUCAUAUUUAAUUAAAAUAUUCCAACAGUUUCUCCCAAUCUUGUAAGCCAUGUUUUUGCUUUGGUGUAAUACAUUGUACAGUUGUAAGAACUUUGUACUUUAACGAAUUAAAUGCUAUUUCAAUCCUGAGCUUUUCGUUAUUGACACAGUGAAUUGGUACAAAUAUGUAAUAGGAUUUUGUGUUGUACAAUUCAUGAUAAUGGGGGUUGAAAUUUCAAUUCUUCCUCGUGGUACAUGCUUGGCUGAUUUGAAGUUACAUGUACUUGCCAUGAAUCAUACAUCAUGGCUGGUACUCCAGUCAGUCCUGUAACCAUUACUUAUUAUGUGAAAGGUUUGAACCCAGGAGUCAUUUCAAAAGUAGGUUUAGUUUGAUCGUCCAGGUGAACGUAGUCUUGAAUAGGGCUGUUGUUGCAUGUUGACAGUGACUGACGUUGUGACAGCCUUUGCGUUAGUCAUCUUCAGAGUCAAAGUGAGUUGUAUCACGUCAGUUGAUGGUAUUAUACUCUGGUUAUUGAUCUGAUUGGUCAAUUACAUCACGAUGUUAUUGGUUGUCUGUCAGUUAAGCCAUGAUGUUAUUGGCUAUGAAGACUCUCAAUCAGUAAUUGGUACAUUUCGAUCCAUCUGUUGUCACAGUUAAACAGUCAUCUAUUGUUAGUCAAAUUGUCAGUUCUCCAGUCGUUCUCUCGUAGUUAGUUUUGCUUGAUCUCAUCAAUUAUCCAUUAAUUAUCCAAGCUAGUUCCCCUUUGAUGUCUUAUUCCUUCUUCACUUAUUUUUCUCUUCUUUCUUAACUUCUAAUAAGUGAAGAAGGAAUAAGACAUCAAAGGGGAACUAGCCAGGCACAUUUUCAAUAAUAUUGUUAGUUGUAGGUUUUUGAAAUAAACUUGCACGUACCAUUCCCAAAACCAUAAAGUUGUUUGAUACUGCUUCUAGGGUGGGAAGGAACAUGGUGUACCCAUCAUUGUAUCUGAGAUUCAUGAAGGUUUGCCCGUGGACAGAUCAGGAGGACUAUAUGUAGGUGAUGCUAUACUAGCAGUUAAUGGAAUUGAUCUACAAGAAGCUAAACACAGUGAGGCUGUGAAAGUCUUAUCUGCAGUGCAUGGUGAAAUUACACUUGAGGUACUCUAUGUUGCACCAGAUGAUUCUAGUGAUGAUGAGGACACAUGGGAAGAGGAUGAAACACAAAGGUAAAUAAAUAGAGGUUAUUACAUGGCAGUGCGAUAACACUCGAAGAGAAAUUUCUUAUCUCCAAGUGGCCGUGUAAUGUUCUAUUUAUUACAUAUAUAAACACCAAUGAAAUACCAAACUAUUUCACUUUAAUUUUUUUGCAGUGAAAGUUGCAAUUUUUCAUGUUGCCAUAGCAACUAUGAUCUUUUCAGCUGUGAUGAUAACAUGUUAUUUUCACCUGUGGAAGUUUAUGUGGUGUUUCAUUGGUGUUUAUGUAAUAAGAAGUAUUCUUAGUUUAAUCAAUUAAUUUAUGAUAAUUUGCCACUUAAGAAACAAGAAGGAAACUGGAGCCAAAAUGUGUCCUGCAAUUGUUUCUGGGAUUGUUAUUGGAGACGCGCUGGUCAGAUAUUGGCCAAUGUUGUUUCCCUGUCCCUAGUACAGUCCCAGGCCCAGUCUGGCUUGGUUUGUAAGCAGACAUGUAUGUGAGUGAUUAAAUGAUUAAACAAAAUCAGACAACUGCAUAGUGAGAGUCAGAUUUGUUUAAUUAUGACAUUAUUACAGACAGACAAAGUCUUGUUACAAUAGAUCAGAACUAACAAAAUCUGUAAGAUUUCUAUUGUGGUAAAAGCACUAGAUCUCCCAAGAUUUUUUGGUAGACUGGAAAAAAUGAAGAACUCCUUAUGGCUCUGCUGCUUCCUCCACUCGAAAUGAAGAGCUUUCUUGUAGGCUAAUCAAACAGUUCAAAUCAACUUCUUAUUUCACUCUGUCACACAAAACUGAUAAUUUUUAAAAUAAUAAUAAUAUAAUAAUAAUAUAUUAUUAUAUGUCCAAAUAAUUUACAAGUUCAAUAUUAUUAAAGAUUUACAAGGGAAAAAAGAGGAGAGGGAAAAGAAGCGGUGUUAAAUACUCGUUGUUUGUGGUGAGUUUGGGACACCGAAAUAGUUAAUAAGCCUUAUCGAGUGGAUGUCAUAAAAUAAAUGUGAGAUGAAGGAAUAAACAGUUACAGAACAUUGGCUAUGGUAUUCAAUAAUUAGUUAACUUUGACACAAACUGCUUUAAGAGUAAAUGACACUAUUAUACCUGUCAAUCAUGGACAAUAGCGCUGAAAAUAAGACAUAAUUAUUGCGGAAGAUAUUUCACCAAUUUCAAGGUGUUUGAUAUUGUGAUAAAACAUUCUGUCUCGUGUUUUUAGCGCUGCGACUUGAUGACGUAAUGUUUUAAGGCUACAUGCCGACUGAUUCUGUUUUAAUUUGAAGGUACAGUAUGCUGGGCAAAGUAGAAGAUCCUGCUAAUGAACUUUCUAAUGGCGAUAUCUACAUGACAAACUCAAAAAGAGAUCCUUCAUCACACUCUACACAAAAUACUACUGGCAAUAAUAAUCCACAUCGGAGGUAAUGUUAAAUGAUAACUCUCACCUUUUUGGUGGUCUUUUGCUGACACCGUGUGUAACGUUCAUCUGUAACUGAAUCGAGGGAAGUACUGGCAGUCAGGGAAAUAGCAAAGAAUAACUGCUGGUGUCCAAUGAAGUCCCAUAAAGUUGUCACUGAAUGCUCUAACUACAUACAUCCAAACUUCAUUGCGAAGUCACCUUAGAGACAAUUAAUUGCUUACUGUAAGUGAACAGAGAUAGUUAGAUGUAGCCCAAAACAGGAAGUGACUUCGUAUCCUUGGACUGCUGCACUUUCUUCCUCGGUUGUUUCCUCCCUCCCCCCCUCCCCCCCUCCCCCCCUUCCCCCGCAGCCAGAAUUUAUUUGAAAGGCUAUUAAAAGCCAUAAAAUGNCCCCCCUCUCUAGCCCUGCCUAGCUGUCGUUUUUGUUGGGGAUAGCGUGAGCGAAAACGGGCUCUGGAACUGACAACGGGAAACCGCGGUUUCGCCGCUUAUAUUUGCGCGCUCACCCGCCAAUACCUUUAGCUACGCAUGAUAUCUCCGUACAGCCCGAUCGUCCUCUUCCUCUUCCUAUUUAAUUGUUUCUCCAGUCUCUACUCUUUUUGCCCUUUGUCUGUUCCUACGCCCUCCAUCAAAACCGCUGUCAUAAAAUUUAAUGUCUUUUUGACCUUCUUUUUAGACCUAUUUUACAUAUGGCAUGUUUUUUUGUAUUUAUUAUUAUUUUUUUGCCCUGUGUACGGUGUAGAUACAUCUAGAUCACUCGCAAUCUAUCUGGACAAUACCGCUAACACUACAUUUUAUUUGAUUUACAUAUUGGGCAAACGUUUCAGACUAACAGCAAAUGGAAUAUGUCAUUGCCGCUAAUGGGCUAAGACCACAGGAAACGCAAACGCUCUAUUAGCUACAUCAUAAUCUGUUGUAAUUUACCUGUGUUUCCGAGUCUUUAUGAGUCGUUUUGGAAGGGAUUUGAAUCUGCUCAUUCAGCGUUGACCGUCCCGUCCUAUUCAGGACGCGUCAUACAAGAUUAAACAUCUGAAACCGGGCAAAUUCAAAUCCCUUCCAACACAACUCGUAAAGACUCGAGAACACAGGUAAAUAACAACAGAUUACGAUGCAGCUUAUACAGCAUUUGGGUUCCCUGUGGUUUUACCGUUAUCUAAUCAGUUUUGAUGUCAUUUUUGUUUGCGGCAGCCCUCCGACCUCACCUCGAUCGCUUUAUUCUCAUCCUGGCGCCGCCCAACCAGUCAGCGCCAGCGCAGCUCCUGAAUCACCGAAAAAAUACACCAAUCCAGCGACAAUUCCAGGCACAUUUUCAACGACAGUUGAUAGCAGAGGGAGUAACUCAAAUUUGUCCUCAAGAUCGAGCUCACAGUCUUCAUUAUCACUAGCAUCAUCUCUAUCACCUCAGCAAGCUGGAACCUUAAAUGUCGGACGAUUGGAACCUUUGUUACAAGCACCAUCUGAAAGCAAUGAUGCCAGCUCCGAACUUUUUUCACCUACAACGUGA